AUGUACCACAACGAGAAAGAAGCUGGCCGGUCAAUACUACGAUUCCUCGAAACUGAGAAGAGCAAGCCCGAUGGCUUGAAGCGCGAGGACAUUUUUUUCACCUCGAAAUUGGCCUCCAAUGUUAGCUACGACGCUACGCGCCAAUCCAUCAAAGAAUCCAUCCGAGCUUCUGGCUUGGGAUAUAUAGAUCUUUUCUUGAUUCAUUCGCCCUAUGGUGGCAAGGCAAGACGUCUUGAAUGCUGGCGCGCACUGGAAGAUGCCUAUGCAGACAACGAGAUCCGCGCGGCAGGUGUGAGUAAUUACGGCGUAAAGCACUUGAAGGAACUUCUGGCGACGAACCCCAGAGUGCUUCCCGUCGUGAAUCAGAUUGAGGUACAUCCGUUCAAUACGCGAUCUGAGAUAACCACUUUUUGUCAGCAGAAUGAUAUUGUAGUGGAGGCAUACGCACCGCUUGCUCGUGCAUACAGGUUCCGGCACCCGACGAUUGUUUCGCUCUCGAAGAAGUACAGUUGCACCCCAGCACAGUUGAUGGUGCGGUGGAGUUUACAACAUGGCUAUGUGCCGUUGCCGAAGAGUGCCAAGAAAGACCGCAUUAUCGCCAAUGUAGAGAUCGAUGGGUUUGAGAUAGAGCCGGCGGACAUGAAGGUAAUGGAUGACUUGGAUGAGUACUUGGUUACUGGUGAGACUAUCUUUCUUAAAUUCCAUUCAUUUUUGCAGAAUCAGAGCUAA